AUGUUCCGUUCCGCCAUCGUCCGCUCCUUGAGGGCCUCUGCCCCCCGUGUCAUCAAGACACCCGCUCCCUUCCAGAUCCGCAGCUCCCCCGUCGCUGUGCGCAAGCAAUUCGCUCCCUGCUUCGCCGCUCAGGGUGUUCGCUUCUACUCUGCCCCUGCCGGCCUCAACAAAACCGAGGUUGAGGGCCGUAUCAUCAACCUGCUCAAGAACUUCGACAAGGUCUCCGACGCCAGCAAGCUGAACGGUACCUCCCACUUCGCCAACGACCUCGGUCUUGACAGUUUGGAUACCGUUGAGGUGGUGAUGGCCAUUGAGGAGGAGUUCAGCAUUGAGAUCCCCGACAAGGAGGCCGACCAGAUCCACAGUGUGGAGAAGGCCGUUGAGUACAUCUUGGCCCAGCCCGAUGCUCACUAG